UUUUUUUUUUUUUUUUUUUUUUUUUUUUUGCAUUCUGUAAAUGGGACCUAGAGUCUGAAGCCUCCUAGGCAAGUUUAUAUCAUUGAGCUCCAGGACAGUGCAAUGAGAUGCCUAAUCACUCUCCUCUUAUUGUUUAUAACCAAUGAAAUAAGUCCUUCUUGGUUUAUGACAACUGUUUGGCCUCGGAAAACUGGAGACCUUCAGAACUGUGAAAUCUGGUGGGAAGAAAUAAAACCAGGCCAUCCUUAGUUGUGACAAAGAGGGCAUCCUGGACCAGCUUUUUCCUGGAGACGGGGAUCUCUGUUGUGUUUGCUUCGGAAAAGAGAGUACACAAGAGAAUGAGUGUUGAGAUCCCUGGCUGUGUGACUUGUAAGUACAAAUGUAAAAUGUUACCAUGUAAAGAAAUCCCUGUCCUGAGCUCUCCCAGAAAGGAAUGAGCAGCUCAUUUUAUGGGGCCUGUCAGUUCUAUUAGCCCAGAGUCCAGUGGGUGUUAGCAUCUAGGCUCUUGCUCUAUGUGCAUCAUGGCGGGACGCUACAUGACUUUGCCAUUGUAUAGUUAUUGUACCUCCCAUUCCUGGUUGGUUCUAAUUUAAGGAACAGAUGUGAUACCAUGCUUCCCACCCUCAAUUCCUUUAGGGUUAGCAAAUGCAGAUAGUCACAUUAGCCCCAUACAAUUGAUGGCAGGUUUCCUUAGCACUGUGAGCCCCACACCCUACCUAUCAUGCUGUUGGCCCUGCCCAGUGUCCGGCUUAGAUCACACAGGAUGGAGAAAGCAAAGAUCCUACCAGGGGAAUGUCUGCACUGGGCGGCCAUACGGACCUGUGGAUCCUUCAGAGGAGGCUUGCUUUGACCAUUCUUAGCAUCGAAACAAACUGGUAUCUCAGCUGCACCUGGAGUAUCUAGGGAGCAGCCUCAUGGUCCCAUGGGCAUUUGCUCUCUUCGAUGUUGAGAACAUUUGUGAACUCCACUCAGGGUAUCGGGAGGACAUUACAUCGCGUUUUCCACGAUAGACACGCCAUAGCUGUCAUUUGGCUUUCUGUGGCACAGGAGCAAAUUUGUUUUGUAAUUGUCUCUGAAUUCUGCAUAAGGAAGUUGCAUAGAUUCCCCUCUCCAUCGGCGUUAGUAUUUAAUUCCUUUCUUAUAUUAAGUUAUAUGACUGUUGAAGAAAGUGCCUUAAGUGAUUGUCUCAUGAAAGACAAUUUUCAGUCUUCUCUUUUUGCAGUAUGUGUGUGUCCAUAUAUAUAUGUAUGAGUGUGUGUGUUAUAUUGUGUAUUUGCAUGAGUGUUGAGGUCUGUGUUCAUGAGUAUGUGUGUCCAUUUGUGUGUCCUUGUGUGUGGUAUGGUGUGUGUGUCCUUGUGUUCAUGAGUGUGUGUGUUGUGGUGUGUGUGUGUAUAAUAUAUUUAUGAGUGUGUGUCUGUUUGUAUAUGAAUAUGUGUGGUAUGUGUGUGUCCAUGUGUGUAUUUGUGUGUGUGUGUGUGUAUUGCAUCAUCUGUAUAUAUGUCACAGUGUGUUGUAUUGUGCAUGUGUGUGCAUGAGUGUAUGCAUAUCUCUUUGUAUAAGUGUGUGUGUGGUGUGUGUUUUCAUGAAUGUAUGUGUUGUGGUAUGUGUUUUUAUGCAUGAGUGUGUGUCUAUCUGUAUCUAAGUGUGUGUGGUAUGUUUUGAGUAUAUGUGUAUGAAUGUGUGUGUUGGGUUGUAUGUAUGAGUGUGUAUAUGCAAGAGCUAUAAACUGACUUAGAACAAUUCUGUUUUAACAGCAGAUAUCAAAGUGGUCCCAUAAUAUCUUUACCUGGCCUUUUAGAACUGUUUAGAUUCCCGAUUUUUUUUUUUUUUUUUUGGUUUUUGUUUUGUUUGUUUCCCUGUUGCAAGACUUACUGUGGUGACCCUCCUUGUAUCUAUAAACAUACCAGCACAUCUAAAGGGCAAAUUUCUGAAAGUUAAGUCAGAUGACCAGUGUUGAAAGAUAGUAAAAAAUACUGGUUAGUAUUGUGAAUGGGGGUGUUGGGAAUGUCACAAGGAAUGGUCCAUCACUCCCACAUGACCCAGUCAUAGUGGUCAUGAAGUGAUGGAAACCCUAGAUGCAGAUAGGAACAUGUGACCAAGUUAGGCUAACCAAGCAAUGCAGUACAUUGUGUAGUCUCAACACACGGAAGAAAACUUGGGGAGAGAUUUGAAGCUCCAGCUCUCUGCUGCUGUUGCUGUGGUUGUUGCUGUCCUUUCUCUGUGUAGUCUUGGCUGUCCUGGAACUCACUCUGAAGAUCAGGCUGGCUUGGAAGGAUCCCCCUGCCUUGGCUUCCCAAGUGCUGGGAUUAAAGGCAUGCACCAUCGCCAUAGGUUCCAACUCUUUCUUAAAAGGUGUGCAGAACCUGUCCAUCCUCGAGUGUAGUGGGAUUGCUUUGCAUGUCCGUUGGCACAAACCAGUGCUGUCCCCACGGUAUCUGCGUUUUCUCCUUUCUUCUCAGUAACUGCUCAUGAAACUCCCUCUUAUCCAGAGACAUCAUGGCUCCGCACCUAAUGUAAACACACCUCGAUACAGUAUUCCAUGACUGUGCACACACUUGCGAUCAGUCGGUUAACCCAGAGAGAUUCACGAGAAGCAACUCAGUGUAGAACAACUCACUUUAGAGGUGAAAGAGGAAGGUCACAACUGUGAUGGGCAAAUCAAGGGAAAGCCAAAAUUGAAGCAAUUUCAUUAAAGAGAAUAUAAUGACUGUCACCCUGGGAGGAGGUAGGUGACUUCUAAGCCAAAUAUAGCUUUUAUAAAUCAUUAGAAAAAAAUGGGCCAAGCUUCCUAUAUUGUGGUAUAAACAUGAUAUUUUCUUCCUUCAAAUAUUAAAUAGCAUAGGUUUAAAAAAUAUUUUAAAAUCAUGUAUGUUAUGAAGGUGGGCAGACAUGUGGCAUAGUGGGCUUGUGGAAUUCAAAGGACAGCUUUUGGGGAGUCAUUUACUGUCUUCCACCACGUAGACUCUGGAGAUUGAACUUAGGCCUUGAGUCUUGGCCAUGAGGGCCUUGGCCUGCUGAACCCCUUUGCCAGCCCAGAGUUUUUAUGGCAUCCAGAUACACCGAAAUUAAAUUUUAUGCAUUCCAAUUCAUACUAAUCCAACACAAUUAAACCUUUCCUGGUAUAUAUAUCCAGGGGUCACUGAAAAUAAAUGUGUUAGAGCUGGAGAGAUGACUCAGUGGUUAAGAGCACUGACUGCUCUUCCAGAGGUCCUGAGUUCAAUUCUCAGCAGCCACAUGGUGGCUCACAACCAUCUGUAAUGAGAUCUGAUGCCCUCUUCCAGUGUGUCUGAAGCCAGCUAUAGUGUACUUACAUACAUAAAAAAAGUUUAAAUGUUAAGAGUGGAAUUCCCACACGCAUCACUACCUGUCAGCAACAUCACACAGUUACAUCUAUUACAGUUAUCGUCUUCUAAAUAAAGAAGCAUCUGUAUGUAUGAGUAGAUGCAUGAGUAGGCUAUGAAGACGACUCAACAGGUAAAGAUGGCUGCCUGCAAAUCUGCUGACCUGAGUUCACUCCCUGGGACCUAUAUGGUGGAAGGAGAGAAGACCCUCCAAUAAUUUGUCCUCUAACCUCCACAUGUGCCUGUAGCAACUCGACUGCAGACACACAGCACCCACAAUUAAACAAAUUAGCAAACAUUUAAAAAAGAGGUGCAUAUAAAAAUUGGUACCAAGACUGAGAGUAAGGGAGAGUCUUGAUUCUAAAGGGAAGGGAGGGGGGAUUUGAACUCAGCAACUCCAGCAUGGGGAGUCAAUGGAAUUCCCUAAUGUACUCAUAUCUAAGAAUGUAAAUCACAUUUGCUUUAAGAAGUGAUCUGUUGAGGGGGUCAGAUUUCAGAUGCUAUAAUGAGUUGGAGAUUUACCUCCAGCUUCCUGGGUACAGCGUUUUCCUUUGUAUCUCCUCCCAUCAGCCACUGGGGCGUGCAGAAUUGAAAGGGGUGGGAAGAGACACUGAGUCAGGCCUAGGGAUUACUUGUGAGGCCUGUUGGACGCAACCGUGAAGCAACUCUCUUCCCAGUGUUAUAGGUCAGGAACCUGUUCUCUGUGGACAGACCCCCUGAUUUCCCCAGAAAGUGAACCCAGAGGAUGGCUCACAGAGCACAGAGGCCCUGAGCCUGUACACGUAGGCACACAUUUCUUGUUUUCCUGUAGGAUUUCAGAAGUGUUCACUGGAAUGGAGGAGACAGUUUAGGCAACUUCUGUAGUGAGAAAUAAGACCAGGUGAGAGAUAGCUGACCCGGGCUGCGGCUGUAGAAAACCUUUGUAACGAUCUCUGGAAGUUUCCAUAAAAUACUAAACUUGGGGUUGGGGGCUAUAGCACAGUGACAGAGAAAGGAUUCUCCAUGUACCAUCUCCCUGACUGUAAAACAGAAAAUAAAACAAGAGUCAAAAUUAAAAUUACCAAAUGUAUAGAAUCAGGUGAUUUUCACAUAAAAUAAAAUUUCUCAUAUCCACCCAUCCAUGUGACACACAGUAACACAUCGCAGCUUCCACGGCGAGAUGUUUUUUCUUAUUAUUUAUUAUUAUUUCUUCUUCUUCUUCUUCUUCUUCUUCUUCUUCUUCUUCUUCUUCUUCUUCUUCUUCUUCUUCUUCUUCUUCUUCUUCCUCCUCCUCCUCCUCCUCCUCCUCUUCCUCCUCUUCCUCCUCCUCCUCCCUCCUCCUCCUCUUCCUCCUCUUCUUCUUCUUCUUCUUCUUCUUCUUCUUCUUCUUCUUCUUCUUCUUCUUCUUCUUCUUCUUCUUCUUCUUCUUCUUCUUCUUCUGCUUCUUCUUCUGCUUCUUCUUCUUCUUCUGCUUCUUCUUCUUCUGCUUCUUCUUCUUCUUCUUCUGCUUCUUCUUCUUCUUCUUCUUCUUCUUCUUCUUCUUCUUCUUCUUCUUCUUCUUCUUCUUUUUGUUUCUUUUGGGGGAUUGCAAGGGCAGAGGCUAGAUAUGGAGGGCAGAUGAGUGGGAUUGAAGUACAUGGUGUGAAAUUCACAAAGAGUCAACAAAAAGUUAAAAAAAAAUUCUUAUAUAUCAUGAACAGCAACAAAACCAAAACCCAAGAAAAACCACUAAUAUAUAAACAUAGCAUUAAGAAACCUGGGGCUUAACUUCUUUUCGGAAAGUGCGCUAAUGUCAAGUAAUGACAAGGCCCAGGUUUGGGGGUGGGCAUCAAGCUCCACUUUCUGUCCCAUUCCUGUCUUCCUCACCCACGUGACCCUGUUCUAGACACUCGAACUGGUGUCUUGAACUCUUAGAGAUCCUCCUGCUUCUGCCUUCUGAAUACUGAUUUUUUUUUAUUUUAUUUUGUUUUGUUUAGGGGGUGGUUGUAUGUUUGUUUGAUUGAUUUCCAAGACAGGGUUUCUGUCUGACAAUUGUGUCCUAUUUUUCCUGGUGGCAUCAUGCUGCCACAGGGGGAAUCUCACCUUUGUUGCUGGACAGAUUUAGUCAGAGUUCUGGUAUUUGGUAUUUGUGUGCUCUUGAGCAGGGCACACUCUACAUAAGCGUCUGUGUUUAUUGCUCCGAGAGAUCACCCGGAUUCAAGGUGUGAGGAGUACUUGGCCCAGUGUGCUCGAACCCAGCAACAACUCACUGAAAUAUCCCAUGGCGUUUUUAGGAGGAAGAAUGGCUCUUUGCCCAAUGUCUCAGUUAUUCUGAGGUAGUUCAGGUUGGGAGGACCCGACCCCCACAGCGAGCAGCUACAGGAAUCAUCUUAGCAACAUAAAAAGAGGGUCUCAGACUACAGUUUAUGUGUUUAGGCAUGUGAGUUAUUUUCUUUUCUUCGUUCAUUGUUUUAGAAAUAGAGUCUUUCUAACUAACCUUAGUUGGCCUUUAAUUCACUAUGUAGACCAUACUGGUCUCGAACUCUUAGAGAUCCUCCUGCUUCUGCCUUCUGAGCAUUGAUUUUUUUUUUAUGUUAUUUUGUUUUGUUUAGGGAGUGGUUGUAUGUUUGUUUGAUUGAUUUUCAAGACAGGGUUUUUCUCUGAAACUCUGACUGUCCUGGAACUCAAGAGAUCUCUGGCUUCUGGGUGCUAGGAAGAGCUGCCCUUCUGAGCACUAAGACUAAAGGUGUGGUGCGCCACCACCCCAUCUUUAUACUAACCACAGUGGCCUCAUUCUCACACCUAACAUCGCAGGCUUGCCGUUCAGGGUGCUCUCCGCCACUGUCAUUUUGUUAUUCACUGUGGCUGGAAACAAAUCACUUGAGGAAGAGGGUCUAUUGUGUAGAGAAUUUCAGGUUGAUCCAAAUCCCACAAAAGAAAUAAAGAGAUCUACAUGGGAAAAAGCCAUCCUAGAAAUGAACAAAGCUUGGGUGUUUUAGGAGAAAGAAUACCCGGGGCAGAGAUUCCAAGGAGCAGAGUACCUGUCCAUUGAAAAACUCAGGUGACCCAGGAGAGGUGGCUGCAGUUCCUGAGCGACAGUUCAGACUUUGGAAUAUUCCUUCCUGUAGCUCAGAGUGAUAAUAGUGAUAAUAGUCUUAGCUUUUGUUCAACUGUUACUGUAUGGAGAGCCGCCUAAGCAGGAGGCACUCCCAUUGAGCCUAUGUCCUUUCUUUUCAGUGCAGCUAUCCUCAGAGGAACACUAGAAUUGUGUGUGUGUGUGUGUGUGUGUGUGUGUGUGUGUGUGUGUCCUUAAGCCAGCAUUUCACAGAGUUCUGAGGAAUUUGUCUGUCAUUUGUGUGUCCAGGUCUCAUGCCUGCCAUGCCUGGUAUUCAUAAACACAGUUCUAUUUUCUGGUCUGUUUUUCCUUAUUUAUUUAUUUAUUUAUUUAUUUAUUUAUUUAUUUAUUUAUUUAUUUAUUUGUUAUGUAUACAUCAUACAGCUUUCUGCCUGCAUGUAGGCCUGCAAGCCAGAAGAGGGCAUCGGAUCUCAAUACGGAUGUUUGUGAGCCACCAUGUGGUUGCUGGGAAUUGAACUCAGGACAUCUGGAAGAGCAGACAGUGCUCUUAACCUCUGAGCCAUCUCUCCAGCCCCCUUUUUCUAUUUCUAAACACAUUCAGAAAGUUCGCUGUGGCUACUGAAGUGUUUCCUUUGGACCACAAAACAAGGUAACCAGGGGUGCAAGAUACCCAGCAUGCAAAGUGCACAGAAGGCCAUGAUGCCCAAAUGAUGACACAUCUACGUUAGGUUCCUGGUCAGGGUUGUUCCAGUGACAUGAUAAUACCCCUGACCUUUGGCUCAUCAUCUGCUCUCUACUGAAGAAGAGAAUUCAGUAAUAAAUAUUUGAGAGAAUUUGCUGAAGCUUUUCCUGCAACCUGGCUAACGCCAACGCACUUAAUGUACCCUGCAAAGACUGGCAAAGAGUCAGGAGUGUAGACUGUUUUUUAUGGUUUUGCUUUUGUUCUGGCAUCAAAUCCAGGCCCUCACAGGCUAAGCAUGUGCUCUACUCCCAGUACUGGGCUCCCAGCAUCGUGAAGUCCCUCUGACACCUUCAGCACUGGGCUUUGGCCAUUUUGGACUUGUUUGUGACAAUUACUGGCAAGUUCAUAAGGUAGCACUUAACUCCCACACUUUCCAGGCAAGGAGGGAAGUGGGUUUUGAACUGAUGCAGCCUGGAUUCCUUUUGCCCCUAGGAGCCAGAGUGGAUCUGAAAGUUGGUUUAUAUAGCUUCAGAGACCAGGAUAGUAAGUAGCCAGGAGAGGUGGGUGGUUGAGGCCAUCUCAUCAGAAGUCCGGGGUUGGGGUAAGGAUGGCCCUGGGUGGUUCUCAAAUACUUGGAUGUCAGUUUGUUUAACUCUUUAUAUGAACGGUUAUUGCUGAAGUUCCCAGUUGAUGAGGCGGUGCUGGUCAGUUGAUGGUGAUUUACUCAAAGUUCUGUCUCCAAUCCAGUGUUCAUGAACUAUCCCGGCAUAUACACAGGGAGCUAGAAACGGCCCCUUCCCUUGUAGGCCCCUUCCCAUGCAUUUCCUCCAGUUGUCUUUGAUGACGGGUAGGUGGGUGGAGCCUAUUGGCCAAGGGAAAUGUGUGUUAGAGACUCAUUCUUCCUAGGACUUUGGUGUCCUCCUCCAAGUAUGGUAAAACUCCACCCAUACUCCAUUUGCAUAGAAGUGGAAAAAAAACCAGUAUUUCCACUCCCAUUCCUGAACUUGCCUGCCUGCCUGCCUGCCUGUAUGUCUGUCUGUUUGUGGGUUGUGGCCGGCCAGCUAGUUGGACGAAUGGACUAGGCUGCUGUCCAGCUGCACUCGGAGGGGGCAGGACCUGCCACUCAUGGGCCCGGCCCUUUUCUGCUCAGAGAGAGCUAAGGUCUGGCUGAUAGCCACAGCUGGACCUGGACAUGGGACGUUCAGCACGCUCUUCACGAGAAAGGCCGAGGAGGGAAACAGGCCUUGGGUAUUUCUGCUGUGGAGGGCACCAUGGCCCAGCAGGCAGGAGACAGACAAAAAGCCCCAAGCUGUCCCACAGUCCUCAACCUCCCAAUUUGGGGGAUCCGGUUGAGCAUUUAUCAGAGACAUCUGGUGACUCUUUGGAAGCCAUGUCUGAGGGAGACGUACCAAGUCCUUUUGCCAGAGGCAGUCGAACUCGGGCAAGCCUUCCAGUGGUGAGAUCGACCAAUCAAACAAAGGAAAGAUCCCUGGGUGUUCUCUACCUCCAGUAUGGAGACGAAACCAAACAGCUGCGGAUGCCGAAUGAAAUCACCAGCGCCGACACGAUCCGCGCUCUCUUUGUAAGUGCCUUUCCACAGCAGCUCACCAUGAAGAUGCUGGAGUCACCCAGUGUUGCCAUCUACAUCAAGGAUGAGAGCAGAAAUGUCUAUUAUGAGUUAAAUGAUGUGAGGAAUAUCCAAGACAGAUCCCUUCUCAAAGUAUACAACAAGGAUCCUUCACAUGCGUUUAACCACAUGGCAAAAGCCGUGAACGGAGACGUGAGGAUGCAGAGAGAAAUUGUUUAUGCGAGAGGAGAUGGACUCGUCGCCCCGCGCCCGGGAUCUACAGCUCACCCGCCUCAUGUAAUUCCAAACUCCCCACCAUCCACUCCGGUGCCCCAUUCCUUACCUCCCUCUCCAUCCAGAAUUCCUUACGGGGGCAGCCGUCCCAUGGCUAUUCCCGGCAACGCCACCAUCCCCAGGGACAGACUCUCUAGCCUGCCAGUCUCCAGAUCCAUCUCCCCAAGCCCCAGCGCCAUUUUGGAAAGAAGGGAUGUCAAGCCGGACGAAGACAUGAGCAGCAAAAACCUGGUUAUGUUCAGAAACGAGGGUUUCUAUGCCGACCCUUACCUCUAUCACGAGGGACGAAUGAGCAUAGCCUCGUCCCAUGGAGGCCACCCUUUGGAUGUCCCGGAUCACGUCAUUGCGUAUCACCGCACAGCGAUCCGGUCAGCGAGUGCUUACUGCAACCCGUCCAUGCAAGCAGAGAUGCAUAUGGAGCAGUCGUUAUACCGACAAAAGCCAAGGAAAUACCCUGACAGCCAUUUGCCCGCCUUGGGCUCCAAGACGCCCCCAGCCUCUCCUCACCGGGUGGGUGACUUAAGAAUGAUAGACAUGCACCCGCAACUUAACGUACAUGGACCCCCGCACACCCUGCAGCCUGACCGGGCCUCCCCGAGUCGCCAGUCGUUUAAAAAAGAAUCCGGCACCCUGGUGUACAUCGAAAAGCCGCGAAACACUCCGGGAUUAUCCGGCCUUGUAGACCUGGGGCCUCCUCUAGUUGAGAAGCAAGUUUUUGCUUACAGCACUGCUACGAUCCCCAAAGACAGAGAAACCAGAGAGAGGAUGCAAGCCAUGGAGAAGCAGAUUGCCAGUCUAACUGGCCUGGUUCAGUCUGCGCUUUUUAAAGGGCCCAUUACAAGUAGUAGCAAAGAGGCCUCUAGUGAGAAAAUGAUGAAAGCCACAGCCAACAGGAACCAAGCGGAAGGCGCAGGAGCAGCCCAUGUUUCUGCAGGGAAGAGUCUGGGCGCUGUGGAGUCCUCGCUGCCUCCCAGCCAACCCCUGCCUGCCGGAACCUCGCCCAUCCACACGAGCCUGCUUGACAUGAGGAGGAACGUGGCAGAACUCAGGCUCCAACUCCAGCAGAUGAGGCAGCUCCAGCUGCAGAACCAGGAGAUUCUGAGGGCGAUGAUGAAGAAGGCUGAGCUGGAAAUCAGUAGCAAAGUGAAAGAGACCAUGAAGAGACUGGAGGAUCCGGUGCAACGCCAGCGCACCCUGGUGGAGCAAGAGAGACAGAAGUAUCUCCAUGAAGAAGAGCGAAUAGUCAAAAAGUUACGUGAGCUGGAGGACUUUGUUGAGGACUUGAAGAAGGACUCUUCGUCUGCUGGCCGAGUGGUGACCCUGAAAGAUGUGGAGGAUGGGGCUUUCCUCCUGCGGCAAGUGGGAGAAGCUGUGGCCACUCUCAAAGGGGAAUUUCCGACCUUGCAAAAUAAAAUGCGUGCUGUCCUGCGCAUAGAAGUGGAGGCGGUGAGGUUCCUGAAGGAAGAACCACACAAGCUGGACAGUCUGCUGAAGCGAGUGAGGAGCAUGACAGAUGUCCUGACGAUGUUACGGAGGCAUGUCACUGAUGGGCUCCUGAAGGGCACAGAUGCAGCCCAGGCCGCACAGUAUGUUGCCAUGGAGAAGGCCACGGCUGCAGAGGUCCUGAAGCAUCAGGAAGAGACGACUCACGCUCCUGGGCAGCCCCUCCACUGUAGCACUGGAAGCCCUGGUGAUGUGAAGUCAGAAGUAGUACCCCUAUCCACCAUGACAGUUCACCAUGUACAGAGCUCGCCUGUGGUCAUGCAACCCUCCCAGCACUCCUCAGCCCUGACAAACCCAGCCCAGAACUUGCCUGGAGGGACCAGACCCCACACAGCCAUCUCACAGGAAGUAAUUUCUUCACCACAGUCGGCUCCAGCCCCCCAGUCCCCUCAGACCCCACUGAAUGGAUCCUCUGUGCAGAGCUUGUUCAUCGAGGAAAUCCACAGUGUGAGUGCCAAGAACAGGGCAGUGUCCAUUGAGAAGGCAGAAAGGAAAUGGGAAGAAAAAAGGCAAAAUCUGGAACACUAUAACGGGAAGGAGUUUGAGAAGCUCCUGGAAGAAGCUCAGGUCAACAUCAUGAAGUCAAUUCCAAACCUGGAGAUGCCCCCAACUUCCAGCCCAGUGGCAAAGGGAGAUGGGACAGCAGUGGAUAAGCUGGAGCUGUCAGAAGAUUCUCCAAAUUCAGAGCAGGAAUUGGACAAGCUGGGGGGAAAGUCACCCCCUCCUCCACCCCCACCCCCUCGGAGAAGCUACCUUCCUGGGUCAGGACUUACCACGACGAGGUCCGGCGAUGUGAUCUACACUGGCAGGAAGGAGAGCAUGUCUAAGGUGACCAGUGAAGAGCCUGGGCCAACCCCACAGACUAGAGCCACAAAAUGUCCCCCAGAGGAGCCUGCCCCAGCCUGUGUCCCAUCACCACCACCUGUCCCUGCCUCUUCCUCCAAAGAUGGGGAGGAGGAGGAAGAAGGAGACAAAAUCAUGGCAGAACUCCAGGCAUUCCAGAGGUGUUCCUUUACGGACGUAAAUCCAAACAGUCAUGCUGAGCAGUCCCGAGCUGACAGCCACCUUAAAGACACUAGGCCAGGCGCCACAGCCCCACCCAAGGAGAAGAAGGGAAGUUCUGGAGGCUGGAGAUCAGAGCAGCUCCAGAAUUUGGAAUUUUUCCACGAAGAUGUACGAAAAUCUGAUGUUGAAUGUGAAAAUGGCCCCCAAGCGGAAUCUCAAAAGGUUACUGCAGGGGCUCUGAGACCUAGUGGCCCCCCCAAGUGGGGAAGAGCCAUGGUGGAUAGUUUGUCUGACACCUCAAGAACAUCAGAAUGUAGAGCUGACACCUUCACAGAGGAAAUUGCUCCCAACAAGAACUUAUACCAAGACGGUAGAAAUUAUUCCCAGAAAAAUGUGCCUAAGGUCAGUUUUAAUUUCACUGGCCUGAACUCAUUAGAAGGUGACAUCAACAAAGGGUCUAAGGUCUCGGGACUACAGUAUGCCGGUCCUGACACGGAGAAUCAGAAGUUGAAUUUUGGAAAGAUAAAAGAGAUAGUCCAACACGGACAAGAAAAUGCAGAUAAGGGUCAAAUUCCUCCCCCAACUCAAUCAGCAGAAUUCAGUGUUCACGAUGUCAAAACACAAGAUCAAGAUGUUCCCGUGGCAGAUUAUGGUCAAGUUGUUCUGAGAUCUAAGGUGGGUAGGCACACGAAUAUGAACAUGAAUGAGGAUGGAGAAUCAACUCCAAGUUCUCCCAGUGAGGAGCACACAGCCACUGAUAACAUCGCCUUUAUGAUCACCAAAACUGCUGUCCAGGUUCUGUCCAGCGGGGAGGUCCAUGACAUAGUGAGCCAAAAGGGACAAGAUGUGCAGACAGUUAACAUUGAUGGAAGGAAAGAGACAGCCUCUCAGCAAGAAGGAACCGAAGGGGAAGAACCGGUUGUGUGCCUGGACAAGAAACCAGUUAUCAUCAUUUUUGAUGAACCCAUGGACAUCCGAUCUGCAUAUAAAAGACUCUCGACCAUCUUUGAGGAAUGUGAUGAGGAGCUAGAGAGAAUGCUGACAGAGGAAAAGAUAGAGGAGGAGGAAGAGGAUGAAAACGGAGACCAGACCUCAUCUCAAAUGUCCCAUGAGCAGGUCAACUCAGGAAGUGGUAGGAUUGGACAAAAGGCAGAGACACAAUCACAGCCCCACAUCCGGUCAGCAGAGUCCCUGACUCCAGGAGAGCAGGAAGUUCAUAAAGCCGAGCAGAGAAAGCUUAGCUCAGCCGAUUCUCCAGACUCAGGAAAUAGGUGUGAGGUGGCUGAUGACCAGUUUGAAAGCCCCAAGAAGAAGUUUAAGUUCAAAUUCCCUAAAAAGCAGCUUGCUGCUCUUACACAAGCAAUCCGCACAGGCACCAAAACGGGAAAGAAAACGCUGCAGGUGGUGGUCUAUGAGGAGGAAGAAGAGGAUGGUACUUUGAAGCAGCACAAAGAAGCCAAGCGGUUUGAAAUCACCAGGUCACAGCCUGAAGAUGCCCUCAAAACAAUGGCUAGGAGGCAAGAGCAGCUCAGCCUUGAGGGCACAUUUCCAACAUCAAGGACUGAUGAAAUUAGGAAAAAUACUUACAGAACAUUGGAUAGCCUGGAGCAGACCAUAAAGCAACUUGAAAAUACAAUCAGUGAAAUGAGCCCCAGGACCCUAGUUGAUACCCCAUGUUCUUCCAACAGAGAUUGUGGUGCAAGCUUGCCCCACAUAACCCAAGAGGUCUCUCCCCGGUCCUUGCUAGUUCUGGAUGAAGUGCCCCCUGCCCCAGAGCCCCCUACGUCCAUAUCUUCAGCUUCACGUAAGGGUUCCAGCACUACCCCACAGACAAGCCGGAUGCCAGUGCCCAUGACUUCUAAGAACAGACCCGGAAGCCUGGAUAAGGCCAGCAAGCCAUCCAAACUACAGGAUCCCCGCCAAUACCGUCAGGCUAAUGGAAGUGCUAAGAAAGCUGGUGGGGAUUGUAAGCCUACCUCCCCCUCCUUACCUGCUUCUAAGAUUCCAGCCCUUUCUCCCAGCUCUGGGAAAAGCAGUUCUCUGCCCUCUGCUAGUGGUGACAGCUCUAACCUCCCCAGUGCACCUGCUACUAAAUCAUCGAUUGCUUCUACCCCUCUCAGCCCCCAAGCAGGACGGUCCGUUCACUCUGCUUCCCUCAUCCCGUCUGUCUCUAAUGGCUCCUUCAAGUUUCAGAGCCCGCCUCAUGCAGGUAAAGGCCACCACCUUUCGUUCGCACUGCAGGCUCAAAAUGGGCGAGCUGCCCCUACUUCUUCUUCCUCCUCAUCCCCUCCUUCCCCUGCCUCCCCCACCUCCCUGAAUCAAGGUGCCAGGGGCAUCCGGACCAUCCAUACUCCUAGCCUCGCCAGCUACAAAGCACAGAAUGGAGGUUCAAGCAAAGCCACCCCGUCCACAGCAAAGGAAACGUCUUAAAGUCAGAUCCUAUUAGGCACAAGGUGGAAUUACAUUCUUGUUUUUAAUUUUUAGCAGUCUGGAACAACUGUUUUCACAAGAGAAUGUACCAUAUCGCUGUAUUGUUCAAGGCUCCAUGCAGAGUAUGUGCUAAUUACUGAGUUGAUAGUUGCAGUAAAGCUUGUUUUUUCUACUCUGCUGUUGUAACGACAUCGUGUUUACCGUCUAGAUCCGAUACCUGUUACACGAAGAAAGCAUGUGCUAUACAAAGAGAGAGUAUGAUGAGAGUGAAGACAUGUAUGAGACAAGCUGACUGUACUAUGCAUGUAAGACAUGUAUGAUUACAGAAUUUUAGUAUGUUUUGUAUAAAAAUAUUUUUCAUUACGGAGACUAGAGGCAAAGAGAGAAAUACGCAAGCGCGACUAUAUAAAUUGUAAAGCAUAUAUUACGAUAUUUUCUUUUAUUUUAGUGUUAUUUAGCUUUAUUACAGAUUUCUAUUUUUGUCAGAACUUCAUGGUUCCUUUCCAGAUCUUUUUUGCCAAAACAUUUUGAUACUACAGCGUUGUACAUUUGAAAGUAGCGUGCUAGACUCUAAGCCAAUGAGCUCCUACAGCCCGUAGAGAGAAAUUCAGUAAAACUCUUGCACUGCCGUCAAAAGUUUGUAUGAUAAUUUGCUAGCGCAAGCCAGCUAAUUUUUUCUUUGCUUUCUCUUUAUUUUUAUUUUCCUUUUUUUUUUUUUUAACAGACAAAACAUAUGCGUAUUCUGUAGCCACUUUUUUUUUUGCACUGUCUAACCCUUUUUAUGUUUUCUUAGACCUGGUAACCCACACCAUUGCAUUGCAGAUUUUAAAAUGUACACUUCUGUAUGGUUCUGUACUGAGGAACUCUUGUAAAUAUACAAAUAUGAAUAGACAUCUAAAGACUAUAUGUGACAGCACAUAGAGUAGUUUUCCCACACCAAAGUUAAUUUGUAUGCAUGCUUUAAGAAUCUAUAUUGGGAUGGGCAGAAAUGGGACUAUCCACACAUUUUUAAAAAGCAACAAGUUUGCACAGUUAGGGUGGUUUUGUAAAUAACUGUAUUUGUAUAACACAGCCAUGUAACAUACGGAACUGUAAGCAGAGACUUUGCAAAACUAAAUAAAGGGCUGCAUGCUUAUUAUUUUUUUGUACCUUAUCACUAUAAUGAAUUCCAGUCAACAGAUAUGUAACUAUUGCCACAGGGUUUCAACUUUGAGGGCAUUCUAAGUAAUGUGUAACCACAUCCACUCAUACGGUGUUGCUUCCUUGAAAGCGAAGGAUGAGUUCUAAUAAACUAAUCAACCGUG